AUGGUCACCAACAACGCCGGACGCCGCGCCCUCCCGUGCGGCAUCUACGCCCCCACAAUGACAUUUUUCGACCCUGAGACCGAAGACAUCGACAUCCCCACCAUCAAGAAGCACGCGCAGCGCCUCGUACAGAGCGGACUGGUCGGUCUGGUGACGCUCGGCUCCAACGGUGAGGCCGUCCACUGCACGCGAGAGGAGAAGAUUGCCGUCACAAAGGCCACACGCGAAGCGCUCGACGAGGCCGGCUUCGCCUCGACACCCAUCAUCUUUGGCGGCACCGAGGGCAGCGUGCGCGGCACCAUCGAGCUGUCCAGGCUCGCCUUUGACGCAGGCGCAGACUACAACAUGCUCCUCCCGCCGUCAUACUACAAGCCGCAGAUGGACGCCGAGUCCGUCUACGACUACUUCGUCGCCGUGGCUGACAAGAGCCCCCUCCCCGUCAUCAUCUACAACUACCCGGGCGCCGUGUCGGGGACGGACCUGGACAGCGACACGUUGCUCAAGCUCGCCGAGCACCCCAACAUUGUCGGCACAAAAUUCACAUGCGGCAACACCGGAAAACUCACGCGCGUCGCGCUCGGGACCGACGCAAAGACCCCUUCGUCCCAGGGGUCCGGAUACAUGGCGUUUGGCGGCAUGUGCGACUUCACCGUCCAGACCCUCGCCAGCGGCGGCAGUGGCAUCAUCGCCGGGGGCGCAAACGUCCUGCCCAAACUGUGCACGCGCGUGUGGGACCUCUGGGUCCAAGGGAAGACGGACGAGGCCAUUGCCCUGCAAAAGGUGCUCAGCCGCGGCGACUGGCCUCUCACAAAGGCCGCCAUCGCCGGCACCAAGCAGGCUAUACAAACGUAUUACGGGUAUGGGGGUUACCCGCGCCAGCCUCUCAAGCGUCUGGAUGCCGCUCAAGUGACUGCCAUUCAGGAUGGGACCCGUGAUGCCAUUGAGCUCCGAUGCCGUCUGACAUUGAUUCAUCCUUCCCGAUCACAACUCCUCUCUUCCUUGCUCAUACAAUUGACCUCCCCGGGAGUGGAAGCCUUCGUCGACGAGACGACUAUCUGGCUACUGUCCCCAACCUUAUCUGAUACCAUGAGCGAGCCUUCCAGUGGUUCAUCUUCUGCGCCGACAGACGUAGAGGAUGCCUCGGCCAGCAACGCCUCUGAGCGCACACCUCUGCUCAGCAGCACCAAGGCGGCUCCCAUCGAUGCUCACCAGAAUGGAUCACCCAGCUCUGUGUCCGCUACCGCUACGGCCGCCAACGACGAGGAGAGGACCGUUCUCUCUGAGGAGCUGUCCUUCACCCGCAUAGCUCUGAUCAUGGGCACGUCCUGGGUGGGCGUCUUCCUCGGGGCGACCGACUCGACCAUCAUCGCGACGCUAUCCGCACCGAUCUCGAGCGAAUUCAAGUCUCUCAGUUUGCUGUCGUGGCUGGCGACGGCUUACCUAAUCUCCAAUGCAGCCUGUCAGCCCAUCUCGGGCCGUUUGACCGACAUUUUCGGCCGCGGUCCCGGUCUGGUGGUGAGCAACAUCCUCUUUGCGCUGGGCAACCUGAUCUGCGGCAUCGCGCGGGACGAGUACGUCAUGAUACUCGGACGAGUGGUGGCCGGUAUAGGCGGCGGUGGGCUGAUGAGCAUCUCGACCUUCCUCGGGUCAGAUCUCAUCCCCCUCAGACAACGAGGCGUCAUCCAGGGCGUGGGAAACGUGUGCUAUGGGUCCGGGGCAAUGCUGGGCGGCAUCUUUGGCGGGUUGCUCAACGACCACGCCAAGAUGGGAUGGCGGCUGGCCUUCCUCAUUCAGGUGCCUCCCGUGCUGCUGUCUGCUAUCUUUGCUGCCAUCCUCAUCCGCGUGCCGCCGAAGCAGUCGGACAAGUCCUUCAUCGCGCGCAUCGAUUUUGGCGGCGUCUUCCUGACCGUGUCUUUCCUCGUCCUGCUCCUCCUUGGCCUCAACUCCGGUGGAAACCUGGUCCCCUGGACGCAUCCCCUGCCUCUAACGACCAUCCCGCUCGCCGUCGUUACGCUGGUCGCCUUUGUCGUGUGGGAGAGCAGGGCGCGCCAGCCCAUCAUCCCUGUCAAGCUCAUCGUCACCCGCACCAUACUGUCGGCCUGCGCGUGCAACCUCCUCUGCACAAUGGUCGUCAUGACGGCCCUGUUCUACGUGCCGCUGUACCUCCAGGUUCUCGGUGACACGGCCACGACCGCCGGCCUCAGGAUCCUGCCUUCCCCUGUCGGCGUGUCCAUUGGCUCCGUGGGCGCAGGGUACAUUAUGAAGAGGACGGGUCGAUAUUUCUGGCUCGGCGUGUCUAGUCUCGUGCUCUUCACUGUGGGUGUCGUGCUCUUCACGAUGCAGACCGAGGCUACGCCGUCUUGGCUGACCUCUCUCGCGUUUCUGUUUGUUGGAGGCGGCUACGGUUCUACGCUCACCAUGACGCUGCUGGCGUGCAUCGCCUCGGUUGAUCACUCCCAGCAGGCCGUUGUCACUUCAGCAACUUGUAUGUUCUCUACAGCCCUUUUCCUUUCUCGUCAAAUCAUUCUCAUAAUCGAGAGUGCGAAUACUAACACCACCCCAGACCUCGCCCGCAGUCUCGGCGGCACAGUAGGCAUCACCAUCGGCUCAGCCAUUUACCAAAACCUUCUCAAGGCCCGUCUGUGGGAGCGUUUCGGUCACCUCCCCGGCGCGGCCGAGAAGAUACAACGCAUCCGCGACGACCUGGAUGAGCUCAAGCACCUCCCCGAGGGUUGGCACGACGGUGUGGUGGCCUCGUUCAUGGAGGCGUUCAAAGGCGUGUGGGUGUUUUUGCUAGCGUUGUCGGUGGGGGCCUUGUUUAGCAUUUCCAUGAUUCGGCAGCAUACACUUCACACCACGUUGGAUAGGAGGUCGAAUGAGUAA